UCUAUAGGCGUGCGGUUUUGUGCAGCCGAUUUUUACUGACUAUACGUUUUACGACACAAUCGGUGACGUCACGUGAUUGUUCCAUAGAUACUUAGUGUUUUAGCGCAUAAACCGGGAAACAGGAAUAAAAUUGUGAAUAAUUUACGAAUCUUGUGAAAAUGCCAAUUGGAAAAAGUAUUCUGAUGACCCCGGACCCAUAUCACACACCAGGAUAUGGUGGUUUUUGUCCACAAUUUAAAUACCAAAUUGGUGAAACCUUUGGUAGAACUACUUGUAACUUAUUGAGAAACCCCGGGGUGGCCAGUUCGGGUAAAUUAGUGCUAGCGGAUAUAACCCCUAAACCAGAAUCCGACUCCAGAACCAAGUUAUUACAGAAACGAACCCAGAGCUGGGGCGACCAAAAAUUGGUGGAAAAUAUGGUGCCGGGAUAUACGGGUUUUAUACCGAAAGGUCAACAUUAUUUUGGGAAGCGGUAUGCAUUAAACAGUAGAAACGCCAUUAUUGAUUUUGAAAUGGAUCAGCAAGCUCACCAACAUAAGAUGAACGAACUGAAACUUGCAAAAGCUAUCCAGUCCGGAAGUCCAGUAGCUCCAGGAUUCUCACAGAAACUUCCGGAAAUAAGCAGCCGAUAUCUGACCCCCUUACAGCCCAUUGCCAGAGAACCCAAACCUUACGUCUCCAAACACGCGAUUUCUCAGCCCCUGUCACCUUAUUACCUGGAUAAUAACGACACCAGGAAAAAUUUCAUGUCAGGUUACACCGGAUUUGUUCCCAGAAGUCGUGGUCAGCUAGGAAUGGGUUAUCCAAUCAUAACACACCUAGCUCUCAACGAAUUCACAGACGACCUCCGAUCUCAGUCAGUACAGGCCUCAAAGAGCGUUAAUAUUCAUAGAUCCGCCACUCAAAUGGUCGAUGGUAAACCUAUUUACCCAGUGGAAACUGGUCUUGUUCCGCAUUAUACAGGUCACAUUCCAGGUCAAAAGUUCCGAUAUGGCAAAACUUUUGGACACAGUACGGAGAAUGCACUCAAGCAAAAACUAGCCAGCUAAAUAAUCUUAUUCCGGAAUACAACACAACGCAAUCAUAUUUCAAAAAUGGCAUAUAAUCGUACAAAUCAUAUAUUUUUACAAAACUUUAAUAAAGAAUUACCAGUCAUUUACGCUACCGAGAUGAAUUUAUUGAACAUUUAUUUACUAAACUUAUUUGAUUUAAGAACUAGUAUUAUGAAAACAGUAUUAAAUUCGCUGCUUUUAGAAUUUAUCAUUAAAUAUUU